GGAAUAGCGUCACGUGGGAGUACAAAGGCAAAGCUCGCGCGCUCUGCCCAUUACAAACGAUUCGACCCUCGGUCUCGAGGAGAUACUUCACAACGCGUUUAUUAUUUAAUGCAAUAAUGCAACCAAACAUGAGUGACUUAUAUCGACACGACCUCGUCUGUUUGAUAGGAUUAUUCAAACAUCUGAGUGAAAUCAGGGAAAUCCCGCUCGCCUUUGCAUUGUUUAUUGUGGAUUUAUAGACGAGGGAAGACGUUUGAUUGGAGGGACUGAAAGAAAGAAAAAAAAAAAAAAACAGAAGAAAAAGAAGAGACAAACUUUUUUCGUUUCGAGAUAUUCUCAUUCAGAUCACAUUUUCUGCCUGCUUAAGAAUCGCGAAGUUUGUCUCGAGCGCGUAUCCAGCUGCUGGCGCGCGCUGGGUUGAGAUGGAGAGGACGCGCGCGCUCAGAUGGAAGUUUUCUCUCCAAACAUCCAAACACAGAGAAUCCGACGGACUGAAUUAUGAAACUGCAAAAAAACAGCUUUUAAAGCAAAGUAUUAGUUAAAUCGUCCUCUACGGUGGAGCGGAAAUAUGAUGAUGAUCGUGAGAUCUACUUGUGCGUAAUGGACACAUAACACCAGGAGGAGGAUCUCAGCUGACAGGCUUGCAUUGCCAUAGCAAUGAUUGCCACAGGUGGGGUGAUCACGGGGCUCGCGGCACUGAAAAGACAAGACUCCACCCGCUCUCAGUAUAAUCUGCCAAUCCAGAGCCCAGCCAAUGCACCGGAGAAGAAAAGCACCAAGCGUAAACCUAGAGCUGAUGUGGUGGUGGUGAGAGGGAAGAUCCGCCUGUAUUCAGCCUCAGGAUUCUUCCUGGUUUUGGGAGUGCUGAUCCUCAUGGCAGGCAUUGCAAUGGCUGUUCUUGGAUACUGGCCUCAUAAGGACCCCCAGAAGACACCAGAGAGCAAGCUGUCCGUGAACGAUACGCAGGUGGGCUCCAUCGCGCAAUUCUUGGAGAAGCACCUGCAUUCCGAGAAGAUGAAAAUGUUGGGUCCUUUUACCAUGGGAAUUGGGAUUUUUAUCUUCAUCUGUGCUAAUGCCAUCUUACAUGAGAACAGGGACCGUGAGACAAAGAUCAUCCACAUGAGGGACAUGUACUCGACCGUCAUAGACAUUCACAGCCUGCGGAUUAAGGAGCAGAAGUGUACGAACGGGGCCUACGUGGGCCCCUACGCGGACACAGAGAUCCGUUCCUUCGGUCUGGAUGGCCAGUUUGCCUCACGGCUCGCAGCAAACACGCUAAUGUCCUUCUCCGGUCUGGAUGGUGACAUCCGGUUCUCCCACAGGACCAGCUCGGCUGAGGACGAUGAGGGUCUGAUGAGCGAAGCCCGAGGCGGGUUUGGCCUGUUGUCGCCUACCUACAAGGACCGUUCUGAAUGUAUCUUUGGGUUCCAGGACGAGGGUGUUCGUCGGUGGGAGGACAAGCGUGGCGCGCUCAAGAAAUGCCAAACGCGCUCCAUCGUUUCUUCUUCCAUCAGCGCCUUCACGCUGCCCGUCAUCAAACUCAACAACUGCGUCAUCGACGAGCCUGACAUCGACAGCAUCACAGAGGAAUUGGAGCAGAACAGGGUACACUCUAGACCUCCGUCAAUGGAGUCGUUGACAGUCCCCGUUCCCGAUGUCGCCAAAGCUUUCAAGCCUCGGGGCGUCCAGCUGCUCCGGAGCAACUCGGCCACCGAAUCCCCUACCUCCACAUCUUCACGUUCCUCGCUGUCUCCUGGAUCCACCAGCGGUAGAUACCUGUCACCUGGAGCGGCGCGUAAAGACUUCGGCUCCAAUAACUCCCUCCACAUGUUGUCAGCCCAUUCCAAAUCUCUGGAUUUAGAGAGAGCGCCCACAAUGCUGACUGUCCAACCUGAACAGAGGAAACACCCUAGCUGGCCCAGAUUGGACCGCAGUAAUAGUAAAGGAUACACUAAACUGGAGGACAAAGAGGACCCUAUGGACAGGCUUAUAGUGCCCCCAGUGGCCAUGAAGAAGGACUACACUAAAAAGGAGAAACUUCUAAUGAUCUCCAGGUCUCACAAUAACUUGAGCUUUGAGCAUGAUGAGUUUAUGAGCAGCAGUCUGAAGAGAGGCACCUCAGAGACCAGAUUUUAAAACUGAGCCAGUGUCAAAUGUCAACCCACUGGCUUUUGGCCUUCACUGAUCGCCUGCAAUACAGUUUUUGAACAGAAAGCUUAGGCAGUUGUGCUGCUUUUUUUUUGUUCUUUCACUGGAUUUUCAGAAUGAUAUUUCACCAUGAAUUUGAAAUACAAAAAGUGAGCUGUAAUGGUAAAUAAAAGUAUGGGUAGAGCAAACAAUUCAGUAACUAACAGGUUAGCGCAACUUGUUCAAAUGUGUUUGUAUUGUUUUUGUUAUCAUUCAGACAGGAUCUAUUGUCUGUUUGAGUACAGUAUGUGUGUUGUACCAGCACUGCUAGUUAUUUUACUUUAAAUAAUUUAUUGUUUAAAACACACACACUGAUAUUUUUGAAGAGAACUUAUCUAUGUAUAAUUUAUGUUUCUCAGAAUAAACACGACCUUUCCAGA